GUUACACUAUGUUUACUUACGUAAUGUUACAUUACAUACACUGAUAUUGGCAGUCAGCUGUGUUGACCGGCAAUUGUUCAAAAAUAGAUGUUAAAUGUGUGUUGUGUAAAGUUGUUGUGGGAGAAUCGUUGAACAGAUCGAAGCAAAAUGAAUGCAAUUCUUCGUGCCACGCGUAUUUCGAGACAAAUUAUUUUCAAACCAGCUUAUUUUGCCACAAAACCGGCAUCACAACCAGAUAUUGAAAAACUCGUGAAAAACAAUAAAGUAGUUGUUUUUAUGAAAGGCAUACCAGAAGAACCGCGGUGUGGUUUCAGCAACGCUGUCGUCCAGAUUUUGAGGAUGCAUGGCGUCAAAUAUGAUGCUCAUGACGUGCUUCAGAAUGAAGAUUUAAGACAAGGCAUCAAGGAAUAUUCAAACUGGCCGACUAUUCCUCAAGUGUUCAUAAAUGGAGAAUUUGUGGGAGGCUGCGACAUAAUGCUGCAGAUGCACCAGAACGGCGAACUGGUGGAAGAACUGCGCAAGGCUGGAGUCAAGUCUGCCCUCCUCGAAAAAGCCCAGAAGGAUGCCGCAGCAUCCGACAGUGGGAAGGGUCACUCUGCUGACAAGUAGUUACUUAGCUUCUAGUACGGUGCAAGCGUAUUUAUUUUACAUGCUUGUGCGCACUUUCCCUGCUGUGGUGUGUCAGUUAUUAAGAAACUUUGAAUGUGUAGUCUUAGGGAAAUUUAAGACUCAGAAUGCAUACAUAUUACUUUGAUGGGAAGGGUAUUUUUCCCAGUCUUUCUAAACACAAGUAAUGUGUAUAUUAACUCAAAAAGUCAGUAUCAUAUUACCUUCUGCCAAACAUGUCCUUCAGUCGGAGAUUGGUGUGUACAAGCAGUGAUGUGCACAAAAUGGGGUUCCCAAUAAACUCUCCUCUACAGUUGUGGAAGCUAUUGUGUUUUCUGAGACGUAAGGUUCUUUCUGAUCUGGCUCAGUAUGGACACUAUAGUAAAAUGUCAUCAGAGUGCAGCUAUUUUGUUUGAUUAACGAAUUUGUACAAGGAUCUGUGAGUCACUGUUAUUGUUGAAGACUGUAUGAACUUAAUAUUUAUUGCGUUAAAUAAAAGCUGAUAAACUAUUG